CUCACUCAUUGAAUGCUCUCGCUCGCCCAUUGCGUUCAUCUGCGUUGAUCAGCUGAAUCUAAAUCAACUCACUUGACACUUCUCCCUCAAAAACAACGUCGUCCAGUUUACAUAAUCAAGUUGUGAGCGCAUGUUCGAAAAAACAGAAAUGACGUCAAGAAAGAACAAUGUUUUGUCGUAAAUAAACACGCGCUUUGUUCUUCAUUGUACCCUGCAAUAAAGAUGUAACAUGGUUACACGUAAUACGACCGUCGGGCUACCACAGCAAAACAAUAAUGCUGUAAAUUAACAUUCAGCUAUGCGUAGAUUUAGAGUCGAUAACGACUGUGUUAACGUGAAUAAAACAAGUGCCAUCUCGGGAUACAUAAAAUCUAGCUUAAUGCCGAUGGGACAUGUUCAGUUGGAACAGGAUUUCUGUCUGUCUUUUGUCAGUCAAGUAUAUAUUCUGACGGUAAACGCCGAACUGAACACGAUACAUGUGAAUGUUCAAAGGUAGAAUGCUUCAUCUUAUCAAUUCCAGGAUUCACAGAAUACACCUUCUAUGUAUCUAUAUCGCCUUUGCUGGCGCCAACGAGAAGACCUGCUCUUCUUUAAGUCGCCUACCUGUGACAGAAAAUUCGAAACUAAAGGGUGCCGUUAUUGAAAGUUUUACCACAACAGGCCUUGCUAGCUGUGCAAAAGAAUGUCUUCUAAGAAGCAUGUGCAGGUCCUACAACUUUCAGCUUGAUGACGGAACAUGCGAGCUCAGUAGUGAGGAUGGCCCAAACACCGAUGGAUCAAUUUCUAUGGUGACAGUACCACGCUUUGUGUUCUCAGAGUCCAAAGCCUGGCCACAGGGAAUACUGGGUGGAUGUAAAGAUCACUCCUGUCCUAACAACACAAUGUGUACUGAAACAGAGGAAGGCGGCCAUGAGUGUAUCCUUGCGUACUGCAGAGAGCCACCAACUGUUGAAAAUGUCGCUCCUUUAAUGAUCAGACACUUCACUCCGAUAAACCAGUCAUUGAAGUGCAACGUUGGAUAUGUGCCUUGCGGAAAUAUGACAUGUAACCCGGAUGGAACAUGGACUACGAUGACGUGCAUGCCCGUGUCGAACUGUACCGAGGUACAGCAACUUAGUUCCACGUACACUGACGGAGAAUACUGGCUGUACCCACGACAACUGAGUGGAGUUCGAGUCAAGGUGUACUGCCAUGCAAUGAAUAGUACACCUUCAGAGUACAUCUCGCUCCCUACACCUUAUUUCAUGGAUUCCCCAAGGAUACAAAAUUACCACUGCAACGGAGAGUCCCCAUCAGAUAAUUAUCGUCUCGGAUAUUACGUCUUUUCAAAGUUUGGCUUGAACAUUGAGACAAUGGAGAUUGAGAAGAGCGAUCGUGUCUUCUACAACAUGACAGGCACCCUAACUGUUAAAGUGGGUGAAGUCAGGGACUGCUACACCCAACCAGAAAGUUCGUGUAGCCCAAAAGGUCGGGGUGUGAUGGACCUGAGAGGCACUGGGCUGGCUCUAAACGAGACAGUAAAAUGGUUUCAUUAUAGACAGGAACCUAUAGUGACAAGGUCCUCAAAUGACCAGUUGAUUGAGGUUCGAUGUGGAGGAUGGUGCGGCGGAUGCCAAAUAAGCGGUCCUGCUCUCCUCUCAGUGGUGGAUUCAGAUGCUCCUCUGGAAACCACGGCUAUUACCCCAUCGUGUGAUGUUUAAGUGACAGAAAGUCGCGCGCAUAUAUGGCGUCCAGGAAUCACAGUUACGAAUAGUAAGCAACCCCAUGGAUAUGUUUUUUUUUAAGGUUUUAUCCGAAUAAGACCGCCACCGCAGCACCUUUUUUUAAACGCGCUUUGAACAUCCCAGUGAUAUUGUGAAACACCCUCGUGUGACGUUUAAGCUUGAUCUCGCUUUAUUCGUGUUGAUUGGAUACCCGUGUCCUCGCUGAGGGCACACUGGAAUUUGUUUUUUGUGAAUAAACAUUAACCCAACGUUUGCGAGAUUUGCUUUUUAUGAAACCAAACAAUUGUGUCACACACAUCAAAUUUGCUUUACAUUCCAUAUCAGUUCUUCAUAAAGUACUACAGACUGUAAAUAUAUACUCGAGCAGUAUCUAUUUCCUAUCUACGACUAUGGAUCCCCAUCAGCUGGAUGCACACAACAACCUUUUCGAAUUUCAAUUUGAUUUAACAUAAUGGAUCAGCAUUGCGAAAUGAAGACAGCUGAAAAUUCCUGAACUGAUGUCGAGACCGACGUUGGAUGCUCCAUCUAUGCCAUUUUUUAACUGUUUCUGAAAGUUUUCGUUUAUGUACACGACUGCACGAUCAGAUCACACACAAUAAACAUUAAGCAUACGAAAACUAGGUCGGUUAUCUUUUUUUAUUCUGAUGGUAACCUUAACCGUCAUUAGAAGCUGCCACUGACACGAUAUGCAAGCAGACUGAAGGUUGUUGAUGUCCACUUCUUCAGUAUAAUGUAAAACUGUGAACAUGAAACACUAUGGUUUCCCUUUUCCAAACUGGUACAAACAGAAUGUAAAUUCAGCUGGAAAAUCAACAAAGCCGAGCCACGUUGAUACCGAGGGGACCGACUGUAGGUCCGAGAUUCAAAGAGCGCAAUUGACUUUCAAUGAUUCUUGCAGUUGUUCUAGUAAUAAAUAUUAAUCUUCAAUUACCUUCAGUUGAAGAUUUCAAAAAUAAGGAUCUUGAGCUUUUCUGUUGUCUUGUUUGACACACAAUAGCAGGAACAUAUUGCUAUUGAGUAUUCAUAGAAUUGUCAACAGUGCCCAUGUUAGGCCACAUAGAAAUAUUCAUGCGCAACCAGAUUUGCACCCAGUUUCGGUUGUGUCUGGUUACGAACGAAUUUUAUUAGUUAUUUGCACUGAAACACAUAUUUAACACCAGUAAUAAAUACAGUAUCACACCCAUUCUCGUUAAGAUACUUGUGAACUUUCUGAGGUAUCUGACUUCCCUUCCGUUGAGUCAGAUACCGUAGAAAGUCCACUCGUAUCGUAUUCUCUAUAUUUACUAUAUAGCCCUGUCAUUUGUUUAAACCAAGAACCUUUUGAUUUUCUGUUUGCUCCAUACCCCCUUCCAUAAUUUGAUCCAUGU